AUGCCACGGUUCUUUUCAGCCACCUACGAUGAGGAAUCAUCAGAUGACGAUUUGGUUUCAUCGGAUGAGGAAUUAUUAUAUACCUCUGAGGAAGAAACUUCUGAAGAAGAACUUCUAGAGGAGGAAGAAAAGUCACAAGAACCAGAGGAAGAGGACGAAGAAUCAGAUGAAUACUGGGGAGAAACAAGUUCGGAAGAGGAAGAAUUAAGUUCAUCUGAUGAUGAUGAUUUCGGUCACAAACCUAGAGGAAGAAGUUACUUCCUUAAGAAAUCAGCCGUCAAAGGUUCAGGCGUCGAAUCCGAAGAGUCUGAGGAAGAAUCGGAGGAGGAGGAACAAGCAGAGGGAAAGAAGGUCGUUAAGAGUGCAAAGGACAAAUAUUUAGACGAAAUUGCAGACUUGGUUGAUGAGAUUGAAAACUAUUCCAUGGUUCAGGACUGGGUUAACAUUGGCACGCGUUUCGAUAAGUUGUUGAAGCUCGUUAGCAAGUAUCCACAACAUCACAUUGCCAUCCCACGUCAGUACGUGAAGUGCUUGGCCAUCCUUACGCAGACUCUUGAGGAUUAUGAGGCUCACCAGAAGGAAUCUAAGCGCAAGUUGAAUGCUUCAGAGUCUAAGUCAUUGAACAUCAUUCGGCAAAGGGUCAAGAAGUACUCGAAGGAGUGUCCUAGGGAGUUAAAGGCAUACCACGAUAGUCCUGAGGCAUUUUUAGCAACUGAUGGCUCUAUCUCACUUUCAGUCACACCAUCUGUUGAGGCAUCUAGAGAAGCUUCAAAGGCUCCAGCUACAGCUGAGGAUUUGAAGAAGGUCUUUUUCAACGCCUUGAAGGCCAUUUUGGAGACACGUGGAAAGAGAAAUGUUGAUCAAAGAGAGCAGCUUUCUACUCUUCUCGAUCUCUUGUCGAGUGCAAAGACUCCUUACGAGCAAAUAUCUGUUUUAUUGCUGGCCAUUGCCAUAAGGUUUGAUUUGCACGCUAAGUCCAACUUCAUGCCAUCGGCUGAAUGGAAGCUGGCCUUGGCUGAUGUCAACAAGCUUUUGGAUAUCAUCAAUGCUAAUAGAAAGUAUGUUGUUACUGAGACGGCUGUUGCCCCUGAUGACAUCGCAAUUGAGCCAAAGCCUAAUGCAAAUGGCCAGGUUGAAGUUGUCGGUUCCAUCGCAUCUUUCGUUGAAAGACUUUGUGACGAAAUUACAUACCAUCUCUUGACCCUCGAUCCACAUUCUACGGAGUACAUUGUGCGUUUGAGAGAUGAGUCUUCUCUAUACACCACUCUUCUCCGGGUGCAGCUUUACUACGAGCGUUUCAUCAGUGCUAGUGACUUGCAGAAGCCACAGGGUGCCCAGUUGGUCCGUGUCAUCCUGAAGAGGCUUGAGAGUGUUUACUACAAGCCAACCAAGUUGAUCAUCUUCUCCGAGAUGAAUUCAUGGAAGGCCAUUGAUGCCUCUGAGAAUUCUUGGGUCUAUCCAAGACUCAGCGGUGAUUUGGGCCCACAAAAGAACUUGCAGUACACAAACGGGCUCGUGGACUCCCUCUGUUCCGUUCUUUACAAACAGACAAACUCGGCAUUCAGAAAGAAGGCCGUUCUUUGCCACAUCUAUAACUAUGCUCUCAAUGAUCAGUAUUACAAGGCCAGAGACAUGCUUCUCUUGUCACAUCUGCAAUCCUCUAUACAUACCGCAGACCCACAGUUGCAGAUAUACUUCAACCGUGCUUUGGUCCAACUCGGAUUGUCUGCCUUCCGUAAAGGUCUAAUGCAUGAAGCCCAGCAACUCCUCCAAGAGGUUGUAACCUCUUCCAGACAGAAGGAGCUUUUGGGACAAGGUGUUCAAAGAUUCCAAGUUCAGCAGUCACAGGUUGACAAGCAGAGAUUGCUUCCAUUCCACAUGCAUAUCAAUCUCGAGUUGCUUGAAUGCUCUUUCUACACUGCUUCUCUUUUAAUUGAGGUGCCGCUAAUGGCUGAGUAUGAUGACUACGCAAAGAGAAGACAAUCUUCUCCAAAAGCCUUCCGUCGUGUUUUGGAAUACAGAGAAAGACAGGUGUUUGAUGGUCCACCAGAAAAUGCUAGAGACCAUGUGAUGUUAGCAGCCCGUUCUCUAGGAAAAUGUGACUGGAAAAUGGCAGCAAACUUACUUAUGAAGAUCGAAAUCUGGUCACUCUUCAACAACUCUGAGGAGAUCAAGCACUCGAUCGUUUCAGAGUUAAAGAUCCAGGGACUUCGUACAUUUAUCUUCAAGAAUAGGGCAUCGUUUACAAAGUGUUCUAUAUCCAGCCUGUCAGAAAUGUUUGAAUUGACUGAAAGCAAAGUCAAGGCUGUAAUUGCAAAGCUUAUUCGUAACGAUGAUGUUCAUGCUUUAAUAAACUUGAGAUCGAAUACAGUUGACUUCACCCAAGGGGAGGAUUGCAGAGCUAACAAGCUCCAGCAGCUUGUUCUUAACCUCAGCGAUAAGUGCAGCCAGAUUAUUGAAAGAAAUGAGAAGUUGAGUAUAGGAGGAUAUCAAAUUCAGCUUGACGUUAAGAAGUUUGGACAAGGAAGAUCUGCAACUGUUCAGGGUCGCAAGUAA